AUAUACAGGAAUUCAAAACAACUAACAACGAAGAAGCUGCAGUUUUGGCUGCUUCCAGAGCAGCUUCUACUGUUAUUGAUGCAGCUAAUGCCAUUGAAGUUUCAAGGAACUCCAUUUGUGUUGGUGCUGAUUCACUAAAUCCAAUUACCAUCGAAACAGACAUGAAUGAUGAUGUUGACGAGUAUUUCAUUCCAGAUAUUGAAUCCCUUGCUCAGAUGAGAGAAAAGUUUUGCAUUCAGUGCCUUGAGAUAUUAGGAGAAUAUGUCGAAGUUCUUGGACCUGUACUACAUGAGAAGGGGGUGGAUGUCUGUCUUGCACUGUUACAACGAAGUUCCAAAUAUGAAGAUGCAUCAAAAGUUUCAAUGUUGUUGUCUGAUGUGAUGAAGCUAAUUUGUGCUUUGGCUGCUCACCGGAAAUUCGCUGCAUUGUUUGUUGAUCGAGGUGGCAUGCAGAAGCUGCUUGCUGUCCCAAGAGUCACACAAACAUUUUUUGGUCUCUCUUCUUGUUUGUUUACUAUAGGUUCUCUUCAGGGGAUUAUGGAACGUGUCUGUGCACUCCCUUCAGAAGUUGUUCACCAGGUGGUUGAGUUAGCUAUUCAACUGCUUGAAUGCACCCAGGAUCAAGCCAGAAAAAAUGCCGCCUUAUUUUUUGCUGCUGCAUUUGUUUUCAGAGCAGUCCUUGAUGCGUUUGAUGCUCAGGAUGGUUUACAGAAAUUACUUGGCCUUUUAAAUGAUGCUGCCUCAGUAAGAUCUGGAAUAAACUCAGGGGCAGUAGGUCUCUCUAAUUCAGCAUCACUCCGAAACGAUCGAUCAACGGCAGAAGUAUUGACAUCUUCAGAAAAGCAGAUAGCCUACCACACAUGUGUUGCUUUGCGGCAAUAUUUUAGGGCUCAUCUUCUUCUGCUUGUCGAUUCAAUUCGUCCUAUUAAAAGCAAUCGCAGUGGGGCACGGAAUGUUCCAAGUGUAAGGGCAGCUUACAAACCACUUGAUAUUAGUAAUGAAGCUAUGGAUGCAGUCUUUCUUCAGUUACAGAAAGACCGAAAGCUUGGUCCAGCAUUUGUGAGAAGUAGUACUCGCUGGCCUGCAGUUGAGAAGUUUCUAGGCUGUGGUGGACAUAUUACAAUGUUGGAAUUGUGUCAGGCCCCACCGGUUGAGCGGUACCUGCAUGACUUGCUUCAGUAUGCAUUGGGUGUUCUGCACAUUGUUACAUUGGUAUCUGCCAAUCGCAAGGCCAUUGUAAAUGCCACUCUUAGCAACAAUCGUGCUGGUAUAGCAGUCAUUUUGGAUGCUGCAAACAGUGCUAGUAGUUUUGUUGACCCUGAGAUUAUACAGCCAGCACUGAAUGUGUUGAUCAAUCUUGUUUGCCCACCACCUUCACUCAGCAACAAGCCACCUUUACACGCACAAGGUCAGCAAUUUGUUUCUGGCCAAAUGUCAAACGGUCCUGGUGUGGAAACUAGAAAUGCAGAACGUAAUAUCUCAGAUCGUGCUGUUUAUUUACCCAACCAGAUGGAUGCAAGGGAACGAAAUGGGGAUUCUGGUAUGGUAGAUCGGGCUGGUGCAGCAGGUACGCAGGCUACUGGCAAUGCUUCCCAAACUCCUGCUCCAACAGCCUCAUCAGGAUUGGUUGGCGAUCGUAGGAUAUCUUUGGGAGCAGGAGCUGGUUCUGCAGGCCUUGCUGCACAGCUAGAACAAGGAUAUCGUCAAGCUAGAGAGGCUGUUCGUGCUAAUAACGGUAUAAAGGUUCUUCUACAUCUACUACAACCAAGAAUAUACACCCCUCCUGCAACUCUAGACUGUCUCCGUGCACUUGCUUGCCGAGUGCUGCUUGGUUUAGCCAGAGAUGAUACAAUUGCACACAUAUUGACAAGGCUUCAAGUUGGUAAAAAGCUAUCAGAAUUAAUUCGAGAUUCAGGUGGGCAGGCAUCUGGAACUGAACAAGGCAGAUGGCAAGCUGAGCUUGCACAGGUGGCCAUUGAGCUGAUUGCAAUUGUAACAAAUUCAGGUCGUGCAAGUACAUUAGCAGCAACAGAUGCUGCCACCCCAACUUUGAAGCGCAUAGAAAGAGCAGCAAUUGUUGCAGCCACUCCCAUCACGUAUCAUUCUAGGGAACUUUUACUCCUUAUACAUGAACACCUACAGGCAUCUGGUCUGGGUGGAACUGCAGCAACACUCCUGAAGGAAGCUCAAUUGACACCUUUGUCAUCGUUGGCAGCACCAUCGUCCCUUGCACACCAAGCUUCCACACAAGAAACUUCACAAAUACAACUUCAAUGGCCUGGCGGUCGUGUUCUUGGUGGAUUUCUUUCCAAUAAAGCCAAGUUUACUGCACGCAAUGAAGAUGUUAAUUUGAAAUUUGAUUCUGCUAUAUCUGCAAAGAAGAAAGCACUGGCCUUCUCACCUGCUAUUGGUUUUCAGUCAAGAAAUCAGCCUCAAUCCCAUGAAUCACAAGUAUCAUCAAUCAGGAAAGUAUAUAGUUCAAAGCAUUCUUCUACCCCUGCCAGUGCAUCAGAAGUUUUAUCAGAAUCUGUGCCGAAGAUUAACCUUGAUACAGAGUCUCAGUGUAAAACGCCAAUUAUAUUGCCAAUGAAAAGAAAGUUAUCUGAUUUGAAGGAGACUGGAUUGUCAUUGUCAGGGAAAAGACUAAACACAGGUGAUCAAGGACUUAGAUCCCCAGCUUGUCCAACACCCAGUUCGUUCCGUAGAAGCUCCAUGUUCCCUGAUACUCCUGGGUUUUCUACUCCAAUUGCAACUUUGAGGGAACAAUUUGGUCGACCGAUAUCGAAUAGCCAUUUAACUGAUUAUUUGGAUGACAAUCAAUUUGCUAACUCUCAUAUGUGUCAACCAACACCUUCCUCCCAAGUAGGACUUCUAAAUGAUCCCCCGUCCUGUAACUCAGAGCGUUUAACUCUAGACUCCAUCGUGCUUCAAUUUCUGAAACACCAGCAUCGACAAUGCCCAGCUCCAAUUACAACUCUUCCUCCACUGUCUCUCUUACACCCACAUGUUUGUCCUGAGCCAAGGCGGAGCCUUGAAGCCCCACUAAACAUAACAGGCCGUCUUGGUACACGUGAGCUUAAAAGCUUUUAUGGUGGAGUCCAUGGAAACCGUAGGGACCGUCAAUUUGUUUACAGCAGAUUCAGGCCUUGGAGAACUUGCCGAGAUGAUGUUGGUGCUCUCUUGACAUGCAUUACGUUUCUUGGGAACUCUCAAAUUGCUGUUGGGAGUCAUUCAGGAGAGCUCAAAGUUUUUGAUUCCAACAGCAACACUGUGCUGGACACCUGCACAAGCCACCAAUCUCCCGUGACACUUGUUCAGCCAUACUGUUCUGGUGAGACCCAAUUGUUGUUGUCCUCAAGCUCUCAGGACGUGCGACUAUGGGAUGCCUCUUCUGUCUCAGCUGGCCCAAUGCACUCAUUUGAGCGGUGCAAGGCUGCAAGGUUUGCUAAUUCUGGGAAUAUAUUUGCAGCCUUAUCUAUUGAAAGCGCCCAUCGAGAAAUUCUCCUUUAUGAUGUGCAAACCUGCCAACUGGAAUCUAAAUUGUCAGAUACAACGACCAAUUCCACUGGACGUGGGCAUGUGUACUCUCUUAUACACUUCAGUCCUUCAGAUGCAAUGAUACUAUGGAAUGGAGUCCUAUGGGACCGGCGCGGUCCAAACCCUGUUCAUCGCUUUGAUCAGUUCACAGAUUAUGGGGGUGGUGGCUUUCAUCCUGCUGGGAACGAGGUUAUCAUAAACUCUGAGGUGUGGGAUCUGCGGAAAUUUAGGCUUCUUCGAAGUGUACCUUCUUUAGACCAAACAGCGAUAACUUUUAAUGCACGAGGAGAUGUGAUUUAUGCAAUUUUGAGGAGAAAUCUUGAGGAUGUGAUGUCAGCAGUUCACACUCGUCGUGUUAAGCACCCAUUAUUUGAUGCCUUCCGCACGCUGGACGGUAUCAAUUACUCUGACAUUGCGACUAUCCCUGUUGAUCGAUGUGUCCUUGACUUUUCAACAGAACCCACUGAAUCUUUUGUUGGGUUGAUUACAAUGGACGACCAAGAAGAAAUGUUUUCUUCUGCUAGAGUUUAUGAAAUCGGCCGCAAAAGGCCGACAGAUGACGACUCUGAUCCUGAUGAUGCUGAGAGUGAGGAGGACGAGGAAGAUGAUGAUGACGACGAUGACGGAGAUGUGGACCCAAUAUUAGGACGGGAUAUUGACGGAGAUGUAGAGAGUGAUGGUGAUGACAUGAGUAAUGAUGAGGACGAUGAUGAUAGUGUGAGCGAUCUUGACGAUGAUGAUGAAGGGGAUUUUAUCAUUGAUGACGUAGACUUGGAUGGGGGAGGUGGGAUAUUGGAAAUUGUGACAGAGGGUGACGAGGAUGAGGAUGAUAGUCAGGUGGUUGAGUCAUUUAGCAGUGGGGAUGAAGAGGAUUUCGUGGGAAGUGGGUUUGGUUUCUAAUUUUUGAUUAUGCCAUGGCGGGGGAUACAAUUGGUAGAUUGGUUGUGUAAGGAAUAGUCUGAAUAAUGUAAUUAUUAUUCUUAUUAUUAUUUCUAGUUUUGGAAAAUUGUUUGUGUUUAUAGAAUCAGGCAUAGGCUGAGGAGGAAGUAUGACAACGAUUUGAACUUUUCCACUCCAAAAAAAAGGCCAGUUGUUUCAAAUUGAAAGUCCUAAUUCAAGCAUCAUUCUUUUCUGA